GCGUUUGUAGUUUGAACAACUUUUCAGCUUUUCUCCUCUGUAAAAAAAAAAAAAAGGAAAAAAAGAUAAGAGGUGUCUGUUUUCUCACCUCGUUGUUUUUUUGUUUGGUUUUGUUUGUUUUAGUUUUAUUUAUUUAUUUAUUUGUAUUCAACUCUGGGGUCCAGCAGAGCACAGCGUGGAUGUGGAAUGGCUGAACUGGUGCGAAUCCGGAAAAAAAAGCUGCAAAUACCCAUCUCCAGGCUGAGGAGCAUACUGAAGCAGCUGGAAGAGAAAGAUGUCGAUUUUGAGGAAAUAAAGAAGAAUCUAGAUUACACAGCAUCAUUACUAGAGGCCGUAUACCUCGAUGGGACAAGGCAAUGUCUGGACUCUGAAGACGAUCUGCAGCAGCUGCAGUCAGACGGGGUGCCGUCAGAGGUCACCGACUGGUUGGCAUCCACCUUCACUCAGAGGAUACGGCCGCCCGUACGACGCUCAGAUGAGAAGCCCAAGUUUCGCAGCAUCGUGCAUGCAGUGCAAGCUGGGAUAUUUGUGGAAAGGAUGUUCAAGAGGGCCUACACAGCGGCCAUGCCAGACCAACCUGCAGCGGUCGUAAACUGCCUCAGGGAUGUUGACCGCUGGAACUUUGAUGUGUUUGCUCUGAAUGCAGCCAGCUCUGAUCACGCACUACAAACGCUGUUCUUCGAGUUGAUCAUCAGAUAUGAACUCAACAGUCGUUUCAAGAUUCCCAUCUCUUGCCUGACUGAGUUCCUGUCUGCCCUGGAGAGAGGAUAUUGCACCCACAACAACCCUUAUCACAACCAUGUUCAUGCUGCUGAUGUGACCCAGACACUGCACUGCCUGCUGCUGCGCUCUGGACUCGUGCACUGGCUGACGGAGCUUGAGGUGAUGGCGUCGCUUUUCGCUGCGGCCAUUCAUGACUACGAGCACACGGGGACAACAAACAACUUUCACAUCCACACAAAGUCAGAGUUUGCACUGAUCUACAACGAUCGGUCCGUACAAGAGAGUCAUCAUUUGAGCGCUGCGUUUCGCCUGCUGCAGGACGACCAACUGAACAUCUUUAUACAUUUGACACGAGAUGAAUGGAUGGAGCUGCGGUCGCUGGUCAUAGAGAUGGUGUUGGCGACCGACAUGACGUCCCACCUACUCCAAGUCAAAGCAAUGAAAUCCCAUCUACAGCAGCAGGAACGGAUUGACAAGCCUAAAGCUCUGUCUCUGUUACUGCACACGGCUGACAUAAGCCAUCCGUCCAAGCCCUGGCCGCUGCACUCCCGCUGGACCAAAGCCUUGAUGGAGGAGUUUUUCAGGCAGGGUGAUAGAGAGGCAGAGCUCGGUCUGCCCUUCUCUCCACUGUGUGAUCGGAAAAGCACACUGGUAGCAGAGUCCCAGAUCGGCUUCAUAGACUUCAUUGUGUAUCCUACGUUCUCUCUGUUGACGGACAUGGCACAAAAGAUUGUUAUUCCUCUGGUGGAGGAGAACCCCGGUCCUCCAGACCCCUGCAACAGACACAGUAAUCUCUGGAAGGAGAGCUCCAGAGGUCUGCAGUGGAGUCUCGCACACAUCACCGCUGAGCUGGUGAGCUUCCGCUCCACGUGGACACGACACACCGAAGACAACAAGGUCAAAUGGAAAGAAAGCACCUCAAACGGGUUUUCAGAUCCCGGUGUUGCAAAAGAACAGAGCACAAGGCAAGAACAGACGUCCGAGAAAUCCCUGCAAGACCCUGCAACAGAUUAGAAACAGUAGAUGGGACGUCACGUGUAGUGUGGGCUUCGUUUUCAUGGAAUAUCUGCAAGGGUUAGGAGUGAUUUACUAUUAAUAACAAAACCCCAGAGCUUCUGUUACAAUCCAGUGAUGGAGAAGGAGAGAAGGGUGAUUAAAGAUUAAGAUAAUCUUCCCAAGGUAAGAUGCAGUAAUAAAAUAUAAAUAAAUAAAAUAAAUAAACUAUACACAUGUUUUAUUUUAAGAAAACCACAUUAAUUUAAAUAAAAAGUGUACAUGCGGGUCAUGUCAUACAGUCGAGUUCAUAUUGAUUUAAGUCACCACCAAAACAACCAGUACAUUUGUUUCUGACUGUAGAUUGGACUGCACACAAACCGUUUAACCCUGUAUUAAACUCUGAAAAUUGUGUAUGAGUUAGUUGUCUGUGUGUCAUUUUAAUGCUAUGUAUUAAAAAAGGAGUUUUCAUUAAUGAAAACAUUUACUGAGUAAGUCAUAGUUACCUCUUUUGCGACAUGACCCCUUUUUCAGCUGAAGAAGAUAAAUUGGAGAACUCCUAAAACACUGGGAAUAACGUUAACGGUGCACAUUUCCUUAAAACCGAUCUUGAUAACAGUCAGUUAAAAAGAGAUAUGAGUUUAAUUCAUUACCCCUUCGAUCUCUACAAGAGUCAAAACUCAAGUAUGUUUCCGUAUUAAUAAAAUAUUUAAACUUUUCAUUGAAAUGAGCUUCAGAAUGGAAGUAUUUUGUUUUUGUAAACUUUUACAGAAACAAUUACUUGAAAAAAAGAAAGGGGGAAAAAUACAAUUCAGUCCUUAUAGGCUCUCUAAUUGUAUAUUUUGACAUUUUGAAUUUCCAAAAAGUAUAAACUAACAUCUACAAUAUCCAGAGGCACUUCUUUGACAUUUUAAAAGUUACAUUCUUUCAUUAAUUUCCCAUGCGUGGUUCAGUCCGGUUACAGAAGCCAUAUCUUCCUUGUAAACAUCCAUCCAUCUCCAUCCAUUAUAAAUCCCUAAGGGGGUACAGAUCUGCGUUGUGAUAUAACUUGUACGAGCCAUCUCGAGUCAAAAAUCAACAUUACACCCAGGACUCGUUGUCAGUCCAUCACAGGGACAACUGCACAUGCCUACACUUGCUUCUUUGGUCAAUUUAGAAUCAUCAGUUUGAAUGAUUUUAGACUGAGGAACAAAAGUUGAGUAUCCAGAGGAAACCCACGCGAGCAGUACUGGAGUUGAGGGGGGAUGAGGGGGGAUGGCAUCCCCCCCUGAAAUAAAAACGGUCAAAAUCACGCCCCCUGUAAAACUGCUAUCCCCCCUUUCCAUCCCUUAUGUCAUUUCAUCAAUGAAUGUGGUAUUACUGCUAUUUCAACAUUUAGAGUCAUCACCAGAAAAAUAACUUAUUUGACCAU